GGCACCCGGACGCGUAUCGCGUAUUAACCCGCCGCAAGUUUGCACGCAGUUACGAAAUUCGAAUUUUGAAAUUGCAGAUAAAAAAUAUUCCCCAAUUAUUUUUGUUUGUAUUUUUUUUAAUUCACAAUGGUCCGGACGAAGGACAACGACGGCAUCAAGAGCGGCCUGAUAGUUGCGGAAGUUCAGAAAAGGCCUUGCUUGUACGAUACGAACCAUAUGAAUUACGGCGAUAGAGCUGAGAAGAUGCGGAGCUGGGACGAGGUGUACGAAGGUGUAGUUCCAGGCUGGCCGACGCUCGGGCAGACGGAGAAGUCUGCGGCCGGUAAAGAGGUGCAGAAAAGAUGGCGCUCGAUCCGGGAUUCGUACACAAAAGCGUUCCGUCAAGGCAAGUGUCCAGCGCCCGAACAGUGUGCUCCGGGCAGCAAGCGGUACCAGUACCACCGCCAGAUGUCGUUCCUGCUGCGUGCUCUGCAGAGCAAGAAACCCCGUUACUCCCAAGACAAAUACGAAUCGUACUCCGAGAUAUCCAACUCACCCCAGCACCCGCCCCCUGAAGACAUGCCGCGCAUCAAGCACGAGGUACUCGACAAACCGCUUGACUUAAAAACCAAACCGGAACCAGAGAAACCGGGCACCCACGACAAAUGCAACCAGGCGACCAUGGCGGAGAAGAAGUUGGAGAUUAAGAUCGAUGCGAACGCAAUUCUACCUGAUGAUCACUUUGACGACGACAAACUGUUCAUGAACUCCCUUUUGCCGCUGUUCAAGAAAAUGGACGAUGAUACCAGGCUCCUUUGCAGGAUCGAGGUACUAAAGAUAAUAAGGUACGCGCUCCAGGGCCAUAAGUUCUUCGAGGCUAUCAAAAUAGCUGAGGAUAGCUUCUUCAAGAACAGAAUGAGCGACAUCCUGACCAAGGAAGAAGCGGUGGACACCAUGAACGCGCCAAAAGCGAUCGAGUCCAAAUUGUCCAUGACCACACGCUCCGCUGACGGUAGCAGACCUAUAAGGAAACGAAGGACUAGAUCGCCAUCACCUCUACCAAUGCCACCAAAACGACGAGGACCCGGUCGUCCUAGAAAAGUCCGACCUCCGCCAUCAGACUCUGAUGAGGAGCAGCUUUCGAAGAAGCGGUUCCCACGCCUCAAGGUGCCCCCAGUGGACGUAUCGCUCGCUUCUGAGGAAGACUCCUUCAACAAAGCCACCAGCGUGGCUCAACUCUCUACGCCGCUGUUUAUGAAGAUGUAUAAUCUGGAGCGCACCAAAUUCGCUCCCGUGACGUCAUCGCCGCAAAACCUUCAGAUAUCCAUCAAGACCGAACCCUUAGAAAGCGGUCCCCCACCCGUCUAUAGUCCUAUUUAAAUUUAAAAAAAAUAUAACGUAAAAAAAGUAUACAUUGUGAUAAAGCCGGAGUCACAGUAAAUGUAUUAAAGCUGUAUGAAAACUACCGACAAAGGUGAGACAAACACACAGAUGCACUUCUUUACGAGGGCCCGAAGCUAUUAUCGAAGUAUUUCAGUCGGGGUUACCGAGUCGAGCCGAGUGGUCGCUCGCGUUACUGUAAUGUCUGUAAUGUUACCUGCAUUAUAAAUUAUCCUAUUGUCUAGUUUCCAUACUGCUUAAGAUUAUAAAUUGACUGUACCAAAGUGUACCUUUUUUGUGAUAGCCUAGUAACCACUAGGCUUCGGUUUCACUUUCGGACACACAGAGUUCGAACCCAGAGUUGCGUUUGUAUACUCACUGACUAUGAGUAUACAAACACACCUCUUACUUUGCAAUGUUAUGUGCACUUUAAGCAAUUGAAUAUCACUUGCUCUAACGGUGUGGGAAAGUAUCGUGAGGAAACCAUUAUAACUGAGAGUUCUUCAUACUGUUCUUAAAGGUGUGUGAAGUCCACCAAUCCGCACUAGGCAAGCGUGGUGGACUGCGACCUAAAAACUCGUUGUGGUAGAAAACUCGUGCCCUGUAGUGGGCCGGUGAUGGGUUGAUAUGAUGAUGACGAUGUACAUUUUUAUCGUAUACCUUUGUAAUGUAUGUUAUUUUACCUUAUAAGUUACAUCAACAAUAUUUGCUAGCGCAGAAAAGAGUUAAUAAUUUGGUACACUAAAUACCAAUGAAAUAUAGACCUUGUUGCUUUACAUUAAGAUUUGAAAUACCUUAAAGAUAAAGUGUCAAGGUAUACACGAAUUGCACACAGCACCCUUAGUACUAAUUUUGUUCGCUCGCAAUCGAGGAUUCGAUAUCCAAAAUGUACUAUUAAUUUAUGAAAAUUAUUGUAAACUCCAAGGAAAUCCAGACCCCAUUUACUUUGGGUUAAGAUUUAAAAUAAAGCAACACAAUUCCACAUUACUAGUCUGUUAGAAGCUAGUAAUAUAACGAAAUCGGUUACCUUAUUUUAUAUUUUUUAUCAUCAAUUACAAACUCACAAUGAUCCUGAAAGCCCGUCAUUCCGCAUUGGAGCAGUAUUUUGGGCUUAUGUUUUAAAACCCUCGAUUAAAGAGGUGGCCUCUUAGUAACUGUGGGACGUAUAAAGCUAAUAAAAUGUUCUUUUCUUAUACGAUUUGGAACUAUUAAGAUAAGUAUAUGUAAUGGUUGUCUUUUAAACUGUAAUAAUAUCAUAUGUUUAAGGAAUAGAUAGUCAACUCAAUCAACUCUACCACGUAGCCUGCGUUAGGUGUUGCUUGUGCGCCGAUACUCACCAUGAGUAUACAAACAAGUUGACUCACUAUACUCAUUAAACAAAUUUUAUGUUACUGAUCAAAACAUGUAAAUACCUAUACAACCUAUUCAACUAUUCUAAAAAUUAUAAUUGGUAAGUAAGUAUUGAAAUGAAAGAUCUUCCCUGGUUUAUAAGCAAGAGUUAUUUGUGAUAUAGUUUAUUUUACGUUUAAAUAUUGUAGUUAAGGUUUUAAUUUUUAACGUCUUCCUUAAGAUGUGAGACUUGAUACAUUUACAAUGAUUUUUAGGGGGAUAUCAUUAGAAACGUGAGCUUAUAAUUGGGAGCGAGGGGUCUUGUUAAAUCUUGCCAAACCUCAUUUCAAGGUGUCAGCAGAUAGACAGCCUUCCUUAAAUUGAAUAUUAGUUAAUUUUAUUAUAUUCUGUUAAAAUCGUACCUAAAAAAGUGGAAAUAGACUGACCCCAUAAAACUGGUAGUUCAAGUUUAGGGGUACAGACGGAUUAAAUCAAAUUUUGUCCUUCCACUUUUCUUAGAAUAUAUAACGAUAGUAUUUACAAAAAUAAAUAAAUAUAUAUAUUUAUUUAAAUCAAAGAAUAAAGCUUACUCGCGGGGAGAACGGUUCUAGGUCAUCUUGCCAAAUAAUAUUAAAUAAAAUCAAGUCUAUUAAAAAAAAACACCCUUUUUAUUGUACAACAACCUUUUAUUAAUGGAUGCCCGCUAAUUAAUGGGCGCUCUUUAAUAAAUGAAGCCCAUUUCUACUGCCGACCCUCUUAUUACUAAUAAACACCCCCUUAUUGUGAAUGCCCUUGUAAUGACUAAGAAUUCCAAUAGCAUUGCAAUCAAGUUUGGUACGUCAGUGCAUAUUAUUAUAUUUGUCAUCUAAAUGUUAGAUAAGUCUUAAUGUUUAAGAAGCAAAGCAUUUUUAGUUAUUAAUUUAUGUAAUUAAAUUUUGUAUAUCAAUGUGAUUAGAAUUAUAGUAUAGUAUCCUAUAGAGAUACAAUCUGUUUUUUUUCGGGGGAAACGUGGUAAUAUGAAUUUGCACUAUUCCUAAAAGAAGUUGCUCUGUAUUUGUAAAGAUUCUGAAAUUUAUCAUCAGUAAACUUUUCUUUUUUUUUUAUGAAUAUUUAUAUCGAUGUAUGUGUGUUAUUAAUAUUAAUAGGAAUUGUGAAAUAUUUAUGGACAACCGAAUGAAUUCAAAAUUGAUGAGCUUAGAAUGUGAGAAUACUUUUAAAAAUUAUAUAAAAUAAUGUUAAGUAUAAAUUUUAUGUUAGUUUAAUAAGUGUUGGAAGCAUGAACGGCUUCUUUUCACUGAAUAUUAAACUUAAUUUGCCAUAAAUCCGGCUCCACAUGCCAGGGCGUUAAUCCCAACGCUGGUCCCAACACUUUUCCCAACGUGUUUAUCACCAUUGGCCCAAAAUGCUCCAAAUAGGCCAACGUUAGGUUUUGGCUGUUCUCAGUUGUUUUUUAUCCAUGGAAAUGUAAGAUGGUUCUCAAUGCAUUAUGUAUCAGUUAAUUGUCGGUAUUUCUCGUUCAUGCCCCAUGGUUCCUUUCGUGGUACCCGAAAAGGACCACGGGAUUUUCCUUCACCCGAAAUCACUCCCGAGAAAUACAAUGCUGCCGAAUUAAAAAUAUAUCAAUCAUAA